AUCAUGAAGGGACUCAUCCUGACCCUGGUGCUCACCCUCGUGGGGGGCCAGAAGCAGGACCUCGAGCCUGUUUUUCAUAUGGGCAAGACCUACCUGUAUGGGUAUGAGAGUGUCAUCAUGCAUGGACUGCCUGACAGAGGCUUGGCGAUGGCAGGGGUGAGGCUGACAGGCAAGCUGGAGAUCAGCCGCGUGUCUCAGAGCAACCACCUCCUCCAGAUUCGAGAACCAAAGCUGGAGGAACACAAUGGCUUCUGGCCCAUGGACCCCUUCAUUCCAUCUUUGAGGCUCUCAGAAACCAUUGCUACAUGCCUCAGCCAAACCUUUAAGUUUGAAUACACUGAAGGAAGGGUUGGAAGUAUUUUUGCCCCUGAGGACUGUCCCAUUCUGUGCACUAACCUAGUGAGAGGGAUUCUGAACAUGAUGCAGAUAACCAUCAAAAAAUGCAACAUAUUUUAUUCUAAGCUUGUAAAAUGCGAGACUUUUCUGACCUGUCCCCAAAUCCAGAAGGUACUGGUGCAUCGGAUAAUUGUUUACCUGGGAUAUGGUAGCAUGGUAAAUAAAUACUGUGCUCAGACUUUACUAUGUCCAAAUCAACUUCUUCAGCCACUCCAUGACCUUGCUACUGAAGCCACCAGCAAAGCUGAUGCCAAAGAUAUGUCCUUGGCCCUGAAAGCCAUCGGCAAUGCAGGAGAGCCAGCCAGUAUCAAACGCAUCCUGAAGUUUUUGCCAACAUUUUCCUCGGCUGCAGUUUCAUUGCCAAGCAGAAUUCAUGCUGAUGCCAUGUUGGCCUUGAGGAAAAUUGCCAGAAAAGACCCUGCAAAAGUAAGGGAGAUCGCCCUCCAGGUCUUCAUGGACAAUACACUUGCUCCUAAUGUCCGAAUGAUGGCUUGUGUUGUCCUGUUUGAAACUAAGCCUGCUCUUCCAACGGUAGCAGCUAUGGCCAGCUCUUUGCUGACAGAGCCCAGCCUGCAAGUAGCCAGUUUCACAUAUUCACACAUGAAGGCUUUGGCAGCGGGCAGGAUCCCACAGCUCUAUAAACUAUCUUCUGCUUGCAACAUUGCCAUUAAGCUCCUGAGCCCCAGACUUGACAGGCUGAGCUAUCGUUACAGCAAGGUCAUUCAUGUUGGUGAUUAUUCCUCUGAAUAUCAAGUUGGUGCCAUUUGGAGGUUCUAUCUAAUGAACAGUCCCAGCACCAUGUUUCCAUCUGAUAUAAUCACAAAAGUAAGAGGAUAUUAUGCAAAUACUGCAACAGAUAUUAUCGAGGUGGCUCUCCGGUCACAAAGCCUAGCCAAGCUUAUCAGGAAGAAGAAUAUUCCCUUUGCUGAGUAUGAUACAUACAAGACACUGAAGGAGCUUGGUAAAACGUUUCUAGGAUGGAAAGAACUGCCUCCUGAAGACCCUCUGGUGUCUGCUUACAUCAAAGUAUUGGGCCAAGAGAUAGCCUUUGUUGACAUUGACAAAGAUGCCAUUCAACAGAUCAUGAUGCAUCUAACUGGAUCAUCAGACUGGCAGCCAGUGGUAAAAAAAGUUGUGGAAGAGGUGCAGAGAGGCAUUUCAGGGCGAUGGACCCUGCCAGCAAUGGUGGGCGAGCUGCGGCACAUUGUCCCCACAGUGGUCGGUGUGCCCCUGGAGCUCGGGCUGUGCGGGGCAGCAGUGGCCCACACUGCGGCCGACGUGGAUAUACAGAUGUCACCACCAUUAUCUGACAAUUUUAGACCUACACAGUUGCUGGAAACCAAGAUGGAUAUUCAUGCCGACAUCAGGCCAAAGGCAUAUUUUCAUAUGAUUGCAAUGAUGGGGAUUAAUACCCAGUACUUUCAGAGUGGUCUUGAAUUUCAUGCAGAGUUCAGUGCCAACACUACAAUGAAAUUUGAUGCCAGGAUAAAUAUGAAAGAGAAAAAUUUGAAGAUUGAAACCCUUCCCUGCCAUCAGGAAGCUGAGCUUGCAGCUGUGAGGAGUGGAGUUUAUGCUAUUUCAAGGAACAUGCAGGAAGAAGAUUCCGAAAAAAAAUCCCAGCUUCUCCCGAAAGGAGAAGUGCCAGGAAUCUCUGACCAGCCAUUUCAGCCACCAGAAAGAUCUUCAAGACCUGGUAGCUGGAAGCAAAGCAGUAUUCCUAGUGUGAUAUCCAAAGGAUACCAGCAAGGUUCAGAAGAGGCACAUCACCACAGUGCAGGAAGAUUUUACACACGCAUGUUCUGUAAAAAAUUUGAAAGUUUGGGAUGUUCUACUUGCCUCAGCCUGAAGUCACAAAAUUCUGCAUUCUUAAGAAAUACCUAUCUGCACAAAUUGGUUGGAGAACUUGAUGCCAAAAUAACUUUGAAGCCAGUUCAUACAGAUGCUGAUAUUGACAAAAUAGAGCUGGAGAUUCAAGCUGGAUCCAAAGCAGCAUCAAAAAUAAUUGAUGUAGCAAGCUCAGGGUCGAAGGAAGAGGAAGAGACCUCUCCAUAUGAGGACAUUAAAGCUAAACUGAAGAAGAUUCUAGGCAUUGAAAAUGUGUUCACGGCCUCAAAUAAAACACGUCGCCGCACAAAACGGAUUAACAGAGAUUACAAGACUGCAGAUACAGGCCUCUGGGCAGAGCUCAGUGCACCCCACCUCUCCAGUUCAUCCUCUUCUGCUGCUGCUUCCUCUGCUGAUGGCAAGGAGCCUGGAAAUGAUCACAAGAAAGAUGAAAUAAGGCAAUCUGUGAAGAAGCGUGGCAGCAAGAGCAGCAGCAGGAGCAGCAGUGGCAGGAGAAGUGGCAGCAGCAGUGUCAGCUCUGCUAGCAGUAAAGUAUGCAGCAGCAGCCAAGAAGACCACUCUGGGGACAGGGACUGCAGUGGGCACAGUGAAUAUUCCAAACAACAGGUAACCCUCCCUGUUUACCAGCUCUGGUUUAAGCCAGCAGAUGAACAGGGCCCAGGAAGGGAAAUCCUGAACAGCAGCAUCAGCUCUUCCUCUUCUUCAGCAGCUAGUGAUGAAGGCAUCUCUAGAGCCAUGUCUCAGCCUAAAUUCUUGGGAGACAGCAAGCCACCCAUACUGGCUGCGGUCCUUCGUGCCAUCCACAAAAAUGAGCAGCCAACAGGAUUACAGCUUGUCCUGUACACUGAUACACAACCCUGGAGGUCAAGAAUACAGGUGUUUGUUUCAAGCAUCACAAGACCAAGCAGAUGGAAACUCUGUGCUGAUGCUUCAGUGAUAAAUUACCGAAAAGUAUCAGGUUCUCUUAAAUGGGGUAAAGAUUGCCAGGACUACCAGAUUGCUACUCAGAUUGCAACAGGGCAAUUUGCUGCUUAUCCAGCUAUGCAGAUGAAGCUGGAGUGGCUAACAGUACCUUCAAUAAUCCGAACAACUGCAAGAUGGUUCUACUCACUUCUUCCAGGAGUUGCAUAUGUGCUUGGGUAUUCCCUAAGGCAACAACUUGGUCCCUCUCACCAGGCAACCUUGGUUAUGGCUUUGACAUCUCCGAGAACCUGUGAUGUUGUUUUUAAGUUGCCAGAGCUCACAAUUUACAACAGAGCCAUCAGGCUUCCCCUGCCAUUCCCUUCACGUCCAGGUACACCAGUUUCAACACUACCAUCCUCUGACUGGAAUGUCUUUUCCCAAGCAACACUUUCACUCAUUGAAAGUUUUAAAGCUCACUGUUCAGUUUUCCAAAAUACGAUCACAACCUUCGAUGGUGUUGAAUUUAACUAUUCAAUGCCUGCAAAUUGCUACCAUGUCUUGGUGCAGGACUGUAGUCCAGAGCUUAAAUUCCUGGUGAUGAUGAAAAGACUUGAAGAGUCUGCUGACCUUACAGCAAUAAAUGUCAGACUGGCCAGCCAUGAGGUUGACAUGUAUGUUUCCAAUGGACUCCUCCAUUUGAAGAUUAAUGGUGUCCAAGCCCCAAGAGAUGUUCCAUACACAUCUAAUUCUGAUGCAAGCAUACUGAUCAGCAGUGAAGAGGAAGGAUUGGCACUAAAAGCCCCAGAUUAUGGCAUAGAUAAACUAUAUUAUGAUGGACACAGACUUAAGAUUCAGGUUGCUUUCUGGAUGGCUGGAAAAACAUGUGGCAUUUGUGGAAAAUAUGAUGCUGAAAAGGAAAGAGAAUAUCAAAUGCCCAGUGGAUAUUUAGCUAAGGAUGCAGUGAGUUUUGGUCAGUCUUGGAUCAUCUCAGAAGACUCGUGUGCUGGAGCUUGCAAGCUGCAGCGCAAAUUUGUCAAAAUUGAGAAGGCAGUUGGAUUUGAGAAGAUGGCAGCAAAAUGCUUCUCUGUGGAGCCAGUUCUUCGCUGCGUGGAAGGCUGUUCAGCAACCGGGACCGUUCCCGUCUCCGUGGGCUUCCACUGUGUACCAGCCGACUCUGCUCCCAGCCUGGAAAGGCAGCUUAGGCUGGGCCAGAAAUCCGAGGACGUGGUGAGCUCGGUGCCUGCUCACACGGCCUGUUCCUGCCAGCACCAGCCGUGCCCGGCCUCAGCCCCCGCACCGACCCGCUCCUGAGGGGGGUCGUGUCGGCCCGGCCGCCCGCGGGCACGGCUAGCUCGGGCGGCCGGGGAUCGGCCCCGUCCCCUGCGGGACAUCGCUCUGCUCCGGUCCUUCUCGAGUUCUUGAAAACAACCCGGGACACGGCUGGCCGGGUGUGAACUUUCAAUAAACAGUUGCUCUGUAAACGCGCUCCCC